GCCUUCUGUGUACCCAGGCGACCUCCUGAACUUUGAACUUCCACAUCACAGCACCCGGUCAAGUCUGAGAUAAGGAGCGGGAUAAAUUCCCCCCGAGGGCCAGCCCUGGGUCUCGGGCUUCCUGGAGGCUGACCCCGCUGCUGCACUCACACCAUGGCGUUCGACGGGACCUGGAAGAUCGACCAGAAUGAGAACUACGAGAAGUUCAUGGAGAAAAUGGGCCUCAACGUGGUGAAGAGGAAGCUGGCGGCCCACGACAACCUGAAGCUGAUCAUCACACAAGAAGGGAACAAGUUCACAGUCAAAGAAUCCAGCAACUUUCGGACCACCGAAAUCGUGUUUGAGCUUGGCGUUGCUUUUAACUACAGCCUGGCAGACGGCACUGAACUCAGUGGGACCUGGACCCUAGAGGAAGGUAAACUCGUUGGAAAAUUCAAGCGGGUGGACAACGGAAAGGAGCUGAACGCGGUCCGGGAGGUGGUCGGCGACCAGAUGGUCCAGACUUACGUGUACGAGGGCGUGGAGGCCAAGAGGAUCUUCAAGAAGGAGUGAGCGCGGCCCCUGGGGGCUCAGCCCAGAGCCGCUGGUCUCUCCCUGCCCCCCACGGCGCUGCCGACCCACUCGGCCCCUCGUCAGCAGCGGCCACGGGCUGACACUUCCAGUCUCGCCGAAGCAAAAGGAGUGGAAGCUGAUUAGGCCUGACCCUGGUUUCAUGCUCUAAGAUGUAUGUCCGUCGGCGUCCUAAAGAAUUUGUGACCUAUUUUAAAACAGAUAAAUAAAUACUGUCCCUCCACUGCUGUGUAAGUCGUCUCUC